ACUAGAAUAAAGCUUCUUCCUUUCCUCUCUUAUACUUCUCUACUCUCUCUCUUUCUUCUUUCUUCUGUUUUUGGUAAUCGGAUGGCGCGAAAUCUGCCAUGGGUUAUGCUUAUUGUUGUCGUCUCGUGUCUUGUUUCAACACUUGAAGCUAGUGAUGGAGAUUCUGAUCCUCUUUACAAGUCAUGUGUUGAUCAAUGUCAGAAAACUGGAUGCGUGGGGGAUACUUGCUUCCAACACUGUAAAUUUUCAGCUGAUGGAAAAGCCAUUGACGGUCCGUGGUACAUGCAAGAGCCACUUUACCUAAGAUGGAAACAAUGGGAUUGCCAAAGUGACUGUGAGUACGAAUGCAUGAUGACAAGAGAAGAAGAAAGAAAAAGAAAUGGAGAAAGACCUACCAAGUAUUUCGGUAAAUGGCCACUCAAACAUGUCUACGGAAUUCAGGAACCCGUCUCUGUUGCUUUCUCUGCUCUCGACCUUGCGAUGCAAUUCCAAGGAUGGGUCUCAUAUUUCAUCCUCGUUUACUAUAAAUUGCCUCUCCAGCCAAAUCGGAAAACGUACUACGAGUACAACGGAUUAGUGCAUAUCUAUGCCAUCAUCGUAAUGAAUUCACUCUUCUGGAGUAGUAUCUGUCAUAGCAGAGAUGUUGAAUUAACGGUGAGGCUAGAUUACUCUUCAGCUACUGUAUUAGCCGGAUUUUCGCUUAUUCUAGCAAUACUUCGGUCUUUCAGUAUUCAAGAUCAAUCUGUCAAAAUCAUGGUUACUGCACCUAUUCUUGCGGUUGUUGGAACUCAUAUUCUCUACCUAAAUUGCUACAACCUCGAUGAAGGGCUUCACUGGAAAGUUAUGUUUGGGAUUGUAGGAAUAGAGCUAGUAGUGUGGGGAUUAUGGGCGGCUUUAACGUCGCAUCCAUCGAAGUGGAAGCUAAGAGCUUUCUUCAUCUCGAGCGUACUCACAUUAUGUCUUAGAAUGCUCGAUUUCCCUCCAUACAAAGGCUACGUCGAUGCUCAUGCUCUUUGGCGCGGCGCAGGGAUUCCUCUUUCUUACCUUUGGUGGAGUUUCGUCUGCGAUGACGCAGUUUUCAGAACCACCGUUAAUCUCAAGAAAUCCAAGUGAUGAAAAAUGAUACAAAAGUCUCUUUAUCUUUAUUUUUCCGGCGAGUUUCUCCGGUGUUCAGAAGUUGUUUUAGGCGUGUUUUCGAAGAAGAAGCAAUGUUUUGGUUCUUCUGUGGUGAAUCUGCUUCGCUUUUUGGGGUCUUCCUCUCUCUGUUUUAUGUUUUUGUUGUUGUUGUUUUUUUUUUGCUCUCAAGCUUGUUGGCCAGAGAGUUUUACCGUCGAGAGGAAUCGACCUUUUAGGAUCACCAGUUUCAUUUUCCCGCCCUUUGACUCAAAAAUCGGUUUCAGCUGUUUUCAUUUUUCUCAAUGUAAAAAAAUGUUCUAUUUAUCUGUUUUUUCCUUCACUUACUUCGUUUUGAUGAAUAUAUUUAAAGAUAAUCA